UUAGAGAGAGAGAGGGGAUUGCAGUUAGUUUGUAGAGAGAGAAACUUUUUAGAGAGAGAAAAACUGAAAAACUGACACACUCACCAAAGUAAACCAACAACCGCCAAUGACCGAAGAAGAAGACCGAGCAUCCGUUGAACCAAUCGCCGGCAAUGGCGUCUCUCUUCCGCAAGAGCUCGUUGGAGGAGGAGGUACGGCCGAGACGGAGCCAGCGGGACGCGAUGCGGAGGUGACUGUAGUUGGUGACGGCAAUAGUGGUGGUGGUGCUGCCGCGGGAAAAGUAAAGGGACCGUGGUCUCCGGAAGAGGAUGCGGUACUGAGCCGAUUGGUGGCGCAGUUCGGAGCGAGGAAUUGGAGCAUGAUCGCGCGGGGAGUUCCAGGCAGGUCAGGGAAGUCAUGCCGGCUCCGAUGGUGUAACCAGCUGGAUCCUUGUGUUAAACGCAAGCCUUUCACUGAGGAAGAAGAUUGCAUUAUCGUAUCAGCCCAUGCAAUCCAUGGAAACAAGUGGGCAGCUAUUGCAAGGCUUCUUCCAGGUAGAACAGAUAAUGCAAUCAAGAACCACUGGAACUCUACCCUAAAGCGCAGGUGUAUGGAACAGGGAAGAUAUGUCCCUCCACGUGUUGAAGCGAUGGAAGAUGGUAGCAUUGAGAAAACAAAGGCAUCCUCUGAAGAAACCCUGUCAGUUGAGGAUAUGAAUUCAUAUCCUACACAAGUUAGAAAUGUCGUUAUGAAUACUGAGAUUAAACAGCACGAAGAUAAACCUCCAACUACAAGAAAUGAUGUUUCCGAAGUGGAGCAAAAUCCUACCCUUCAUCGACCAGUAGCACGUACUAGUGCAUUCAGUGUUUAUAAUCCUACAAGCAGGCCUACAAAUGGAUCAUCAAGUUCAAAGAUCCUGCCAUUGCAAAGCCCUUUAUUCCAACUACCCAAAGCAGUUGAAGGAGCCUGCAAAUUAUUUGAUGGUAUUGAAUGUGAACCAAUGGUUCCAUUGCAAUGUGGUCAUGGAUGCUGUGCACCAGAAUCAGGGGGAAGCCAUUCUCAUGGUUCUUCGCUAUUAGGUCCCGAGUUUGUUGACUAUUUGGAUUCUCCCCCUUUCUUAAGUCAUGAACUGAUUUCCAUAGCUACAGACCUAAAUAACAUGGCAUGGAUCAAGAGUGGCCUUGAGAACCAUGGAGGUGCCAAAGUAACCGAUAAUGCCGCAAACUUGACAGGAUCACAGGGGGCUGCUACUGUUUCACAAACGGGCUUCUUAGGCCAAGGCCAAAAGAAUGACUUCAUGCAAAUGCAAUAUGAGGAAGGACCAGGAAAGGUCAUGUUUCUGGGUACAAAUACAAUGAAAGAAAUGUUAUCAUCGAAGAUGCCUCGGCAACAUUUCGCAAUGCCUGCAGAAGUUUGAUACUAACCUUGGCUUCCUCUUAUGGAUUUUGGUUAUUUAUGUUGUGGUACUUUGUUGGUGAGUGGAUAGAGCAUACAUGAUAUAUAAGUCUGCAUUACCACAAUCAAUCUCCCUGUGGAGGGUAUUAUUUCUAGAGAGCAUAUAGUUCACACAAUAUUUUUAUAUUAUUGAAAAUUUUACAAUAGAGAUAUCACAUUAAAAUGAUCUUCUCAAUGUAAAAUUUUCAGAAAUGUAGAAACAUUUUACGAACUACGGUAUUUAUGAGUUGAGAUUUAGAGAAAGCGAUGGAAAACUAAAGAUUCCAUUCUCUCAAUUUGUCUCACAAACAUACCAUCUGCUAUUUUGUUAAGUGAGCAUCAGUUUUUGACAUUUUGUUGAGAUGCAGUUCAAAAUAGUUUUGUUGAGGA